GCCUAUUCUCAUAAACUAGCUUCCAUUUACGGAGGAAGUGACAACCCAGUUGAUUAACCUGUCUCAAGGAGAGAAAAAUGGCAAUGAAUCCAUGCCCAUAUUUGCAUGUUUGGUCUCCUCCUAACUGCUCCAUCUGCUUGGAGACUGUUGCUCACAACUGUGGCCGUACGGUCGUCAGGCUUCAAUGCUCUCACUUGUUUCAUCUGGAUUGCAUUGGUUCUGCCUUCAAUGUGAAAGGUAUCAUGGAAUGCCCAAAUUGUCGUUCAAUUGAAAACGGUGUCUGGAGGCGUUUCAAUAAUGAAGAGACUGAACAGAACUCAAAUCAGAUUCCAGUUGAGGAUACUCAUGCUGUUCAAGGUUUCCAUGGACUGGAUCCUUAUAGUUUUCAGUGCCCUCAUGGAUGGGAAAGCGAAUUACCACCACCAGAGUAUGAGGAUGCAAUGGACCAUGAUGCUAUCUUUGAGGGUAAUCCUAAUUUCAAUCAUCAACAGAAUGUCCCAUUUGUAACCAGUGAGAUUCCUAUGACUGAAUUCUUGAACAGUAUUGACUACCAUCACCAGCUCUGCAACCACUGUGUUGAAAUUGUUCCGGAGAAUGGCCAUACUAGUUGGGUUAACUGGGUUGCUGAUCCAUCUGCCACCUUGAGAAUUGCUAGACCUGAUUUUCGUGGGAUACCAAUUGAGUUAUUUGACCCAAUGUUUGGUUCACGAGCCCCUCAUGAAAUCGGUCUUAACUCUUCAUUCGGUUUAGCUCAUCAAGGAAGCUACACCCCUGUUUUUUACAACCAUCAAAUGCAGCCACUGAGAAACUCUUCUUCACAAGUCCCACAAGCUCCUGUGUUGUCUCCCAUUAGGAUAACACCAAAUGGAUCAAUAAGCUUGUUUCAAUCAGCAGCAGGGCAACUCCAAAUGCCAUUCCUUGAGGCCAUGAGCCCCUAUGUGCCUUCGAUGAAUGUAAACUUAACCAACCAUAAAAUCUUCGAACCAGCAACUCCUGUUGAUCAUCAUGUCCAAGAAGCAGACAGCAUUGCGCCUCUGCAGCUUUUUCCAGAUGAUAUGGAUCCAUUCCUCCAAGAGAUGCAUGUUCAAUCUGCUAGCACGCCAGAUCAUGCGUAGCAGAUUGACUUGUUGGUGAUAUAGCCAUAAAUAUGGUAAGUUUCAUAGUUUAAGAGUUAUACUCCCUUAAUAAUUACCGCAGCUGGUAAAAAAUCUUUGAUUGGAAGGAUAUAAAGAAAACAAUGCAGCAAGACUAUCUAAUCUGCUUUUUUUAAGUUCUGUCGAUAAUUUUAUGAACCAAUCUCACCUGGUAUGUAAUAAGUUUGAAUUCUGAAAUAUCUUCAUGUGACAUUGUGAUGUUGUAUAAUAAAUAUGCAUGCCAAAACAGUUCUUUUAAGGUUUUUGCAU